GCCGACCGAACGGCCGCAGUCGCGCACAGACAGAGCUGCGUGGUGCGCGGCCGGUGGAGCUCGGAGCUGACAGCUGACUGGGCUCGGAGCUGACAGCUGACUGGGCUCGGCGACAACACAGGUGGUCGCAGCGGAGCCAGAGGAACGACAUUCGACAACACAGAGUUAUAACCGGCGGAACACCCUCAUCCCGCCACCAUGGGGAAGGGCAACGACUUCCAGUACGACAACUCGUCCUACAUCGGCGAGAAGAACGGCGACCUGCCGUCCAAGGAGGUCACCGCCAGCUCCUCGACCACCAGUGUCACCGCCUCUGACCCAGAGAGGAGCUCAUCGGGUCCUCAGACGCCCGGGGCCGGCCACCUGACCCGAGCCGACCGGUGGCGCAUCAUCAAAAAUGUUGUGGCCAUCUCGUUUUCGUUUAUGUGCCUGUUCACGGCCUUCCAGAGCAUGUCUAACCUGCAGAGCUCCAUCAACUCUGAGGCCGGUCUCGGCACCAAGAGUCUGGCAACGAUCUACGUGGCGCUGAUUGUGUCGUGCAUGUUCCUGCCCUCCCUGGUCAUCAAGAAGCUGACCUGCAAGUGGGCCAUGGUGGUCUGCACGUUCUGCUACUCGCUGUACAUGCUGGCUCAGUUCUACCCCCGGUCUUACACCAUGAUACCGGCGGCCAUCAUCCUCGGAUUCGGAGCGGCGCCGAUGUGGUCGGCCAAGUGUACCUACUUGACACAGGUUGGUAAGAUAUACGCAGAGAUCAUCGAAGAUGCCUCCGAGCCCAUCAUCGUCAAAUUUUUCGGCAUCUUCUUCCUGCUGUUCCAGUCCUCACAGAUCUGGGGGAACCUCAUCUCAUCCAUGGUGCUGAAUCCCGGCCAGGGUGCUGGUGUCGAGCCGCCGUCCGAAGAGAGCCUCUCCAUCUGCGGAAUCAACUACUGCCCCGGCGCGGAGUCGGCCGGCGGCUCGGCGGUGAACAACACGAAUCUGGAGCGGCCGGACGAGGUGCGCAUCUACACCCUGGCCGGCAUCUUCCUCGGGCUGGCCGUGCUCUCCAGUGUGCUCAUCUCGAUACUGGUCGACAGUCUCGACAGAUAUGGUGAGAAGGAGCGCACCAACAACCAGGGUGAGAAGAGCCCCCUGCAGCUGCUGCUGGCCACCUUUGUGCACCUGAAGAAACCCUACCAGAUCCUGAUCGUGCCGCUGACGCUGUGGUCCGGCUUCGAGCAGGGCUUCAUCACCGCCGACUUCACCAAGGCGUACGUGUCGUGCGCGUGGGGCAUCCACCGGGUCGGCCUGGUGAUGAUCACCUACGGCGUGUGCGACGCCAUCUGCUCCUUCAGCUUCGGCUUCGUCAUCAAACGCAUCGGCCGCGUCCCGAUCUUCGUGUUCGGCGCGCUCAUCAACUACGGUGUCAUCAUCGCCUUCAUCCACUGGAUGCCACGGCCGGACGAAUCGCAUGUUUUCUUCCUGCUGGCGGCCGCCUGGGGAAUUGCUGACGCCGUCUGGCAGACCCAGAUCAACGCCUUCUAUGGAGUCAUCUUCCCGCACACGUCUGAGGCGGCGUUCAGUAACUACCGUCUUUGGGAGUCGCUCGGGUUCGCUAUCUCGUUCAUCUACUCGGACAUGUUGUGUGUCGACGUCAAGAUCUACAUCCUGCUGGUGGUGCUCACGCUGGGUAUGAUCGGCUACCUCACCAUCGAGGUGCUGGAGAGGAAGCGGUGCAAGACGCUCUCCAUCACGAAGGAGUGAUGGGUGGGGAUGAGGGAAGGACGUGAUGACACAGAACUUAUAAAGGCGAGGAUGUGUUGGCCAGACUUCCAGCUAGAGUGGCUCCCUGGGUGCCGUAGAGCAAUUUGAGCUGGAUCGGUGGCUUGAGCCCCUAACUAGGUGCUACUUUGCCAGCCCUGUGACGUAAUUCUGGUUCAAUGACUUAGGUCGUGGUUGCUGGCCUAGGUAUCUAAGGGCGUGAUGCGAUCCAUCUAGUGCAGUUGGUCACCGAAGUUGGUGGAGCAACGACCUCGCUCGGCUGGUGUGCUGUGGUCACCCAUCGGUCAUAGCGAAUUGCAGCCAGUGCGAAUGUUAGCUGCAUUUUAGAAGUGUAUUUUAAACAGCCUUGUAUCAAUAUUUUAGGGACUCAUAUAGAGCCCAUGAACAAUGUUUCGAAUCUCUACCGCGUGAAUGCAGACUACGCCUAAAUAAGACGGUUGAAAUUGGAGUAAGCGAAACCCUAGCACUCGCUAAGUGCGGGAGGGUCGGUAUUGACCAUUUAUACUUUCACGAAAUGGAAUCUGCUUCCACAUUCUUUCCAUCAUGUGUACUAUUCGCUCAUUCAUUCCAUACAGGACCCUCGAUCGUGAUCGCCUUUUUUAGCCACCUUGUUGGGUAUGAUGUUCUUUAGACAGCAUCGUGAUGUGCAAUGUUCCGUCGAAAACAGCUCAAGACGCACAGUGGAACUAGGAGAAUCACUGAUGCCUUCCAGGGAAUACCGAAGGGCGAUAUUUUAUGCCCAAUAUUUUUAUACACAACAGAAAACCGAUACAAGCGCCACGAUCGUUUUUGUGCCUUUUGCACUUUAUGAUUCGUCGUUUGAACUAUUGUUGGGCGCUGGUUUGUCAGCGUGUCCUCUACGUGGCGCAACUGUGGGUUGGAAACCUGAAUGCUGUUCCAUGGUGUUAUAUAAUAAGUACUGUAAUAUACAAUAUAAAUGGUGUAAAUGAAAA